AUGGCCGACACUGAGGAACCGCAGUUUAAUACGCUGGCGGAGAGGAUAGCAGCGCUGAACAAGCAAAAGAACUUUAGCAGCGUCGGCACUCCAGAGGCAGCUCGCAAAAAGCCCAAGCCUCCUCCUCCUCCUGGACGUCCUGCUGUCGAAUCCCGAAGCCAAACUGCCCCCGUCGUGACCGUCAACGGCUCGGCUCAUGAAGCAGCGCCGCAGCAGCCUCCGAGACCCGGCAGAGCAAAUGCCGAUGCACCGCCACCAUUGCCUCGUCGCAACACACAGAAUGCGACCUCACCAGAUGCUUCUGCCCCUCCGCCGUUGCCAUCGAGGACUGGAUCCUUCCAGGCGUCGCCUGCACUACCACCGCGACGAACAUCAACGAUUACCGUUCCCAAACCCUCAGGACGGCGCAAUUCGGCUUCAUCAGAGGCAUCGAUGCAAUCUACCAUGUCGUCUCUGUCUUUGACCAAGACCAUCUCUUCUACUACGAGCAAUGGAUCCAACGGGACCGUCGUGCACAAGCUGCCACCGGUUUGUGAUAUGAACAGCUUGCCUCCUCUCCCGCCUACAAAACGGGAACUAGAGGCAAAGGCAAAGGAAGAAGCUGUCACAAGACAGGCGGCCAUUAGAGAAAACUCCGUGAGGAUGGCAGCCAGACAGAGUGUGGACCAACCACCGAGCCAGCCAGCCAGACCUAGCCUCCCUCCCAGACUGCCAUCCAGGCCAGCUAAGCCCCAACCUUCGACGAGCACGGAGACUCUACCAAAGCCAACGCCAAAGCCUACACCUAUGCCAGCAAGGCCCAAGAUUGAUGCCGCGGCUGAUGACGGGCCCCCUCCGAUCCCAAUGGCCUCUCGUCCAUCAGUGGCUCAGAUCCAAGCCAUUUCCUCCCGUGCGUCACCAGCUCCGCCAGCAUUGGCUAAUGAUUGCUGGGUAUGCCGAGACUGGAGCGGACCUGAUGCCGUUGCCGCCCAAUAUCCAAGAGAGCAGCUCCCCCAGCAUGAUGUUGUGGGAUACCUUGCCCGUGUACUCUGUGACCCGUUCCCGUCAUACAACGACAAGGCAAGAGCCAUCUUCACGUGGUUUCAUCACAACAUCAUGUAUGAUACCAAGGCAUUUUUCAGCGGUAACAUCAGAGGUAUGACACCCGAAGAAACAAUACGCUACGGUGCGGCUGUGUGCCAAGGCUACGCGGAGACGUACAAGGCCAUUGCCAACAAGGCCGGCCUGGAAUGUGUUGUCGUUGGUGGCCAUGGAAAGGGCUAUGGCUAUACUCCCUUGAAACAAGGACAAAGACCACCACCUCCCGAUGCGACUGGUCAUGCAUGGAACGCAGUCAGGGUUGAUGGUGGUGUCUGGAGGCUUCUCGAUGCCUGUUGGGGAGCUGGCCACAUUUGCGGAGCCAACAACUUAUUCAAGAAAGAGUUUAGCCCCGUCCAGUUCACCAACAGCGGCGAGAGGUUUGGCCGUACCCAUUUCCCGUCUGACAGCAGACACCAGUUCCGUGAGGAUGGCCGUACAAUCACUUGGGAAGAGUACAUUGUCGGGCGCUCUCAGGGUCCGCCGGUGGAAAUCUUUGGUAAUUGUGGCCAAGAAGGCAUUGCUGAAGACACUGUUGAGCCUGCAUCAAAGCAGAUAUCCGUCAAUAGCGGCCAAGUUGUCCGAUUUCAGUUUGCACAGCUAUGUGAGCACUGGAAGGCGGAGAAGCACGGCCUUGGGAAGCCUUCUCUGUUUCUGCUGCAGAUUCAUGGCCUCGAUGGCCGCAAAGAUGAUUUUAUUCCGAUUGAGACGGAUGGCUACUGGCACUGGGCCGAUGUCCAUGCUAAAGACUUAGGAGCGCCAGGGCAGUCGGUCAUGGUGCUGCAGUUGACAUCGAUGGAUGGACAAGACGCACGAGGCGUGACAGCUCAGCAAUAUCUUGCCAAGAAGGGACGGGUUGCGAUGGCCUGGGCGUAUGUGGCCAAGUGGGAUUUGGUUUAA